GCUCGCGUAGAGAGGAUGGAGCAAUUCCAGAAGGAGAAAGAAGAGCUGGAUAAAGGAUGCAGGGAAUGUAAACGGAAACUCGCCGAGUGCCAGAAAAAAAUGAAGGAGCUGGAGGUGACGGAUCCGGAGAGCGGGAAGGGGGAGCUGGAGAAGCUGCAGGCCGAAGCCCAACAGCUGAGGAAUGAAGAGAAAAGCUGGGAGAAUAAAUUGGAAGAGCUGAAGAAGAAGGAGAAGAACAUGCCCUGGAACGUGGACACCCUCAGCAAAGAUGGCUUCAGCAAGAGCGUCUUCAACGUCAAACCGGAGGAGAAGGAAGAAACGGAGGAACAGAAAGAGAAGAAACACAAAACCUUCGUGGAGAGAUACGAGAAGCAGAUCAAACACUUUGGGAUGCUGCGGCGCUGGGACGACAGCCAGAAAUAUCUCUCCGAUAACCCUCACCUCGUUUGCGAGGAGACGGCUAAUUACUUAGUCAUCUGGUGCAUCGAUCUGGAGGUGGAAGAGAAACACGCCCUGAUGGAGCAGGUAGCCCACCAGACCAUCGUCAUGCAGUUCAUCCUGGAGCUGGCCAAGAGCCUGAAGGUCGAUCCCAGGGCUUGUUUCAGACAGUUUUUCACCAAAAUUAAGACGGCUGACCAGCAGUACAUGGAGGGCUUCAACGACGAGCUGGAAGCCUUCAGGGAACGCGUGCGAGGUCGAGCCAAGGUUCGCAUCGAGAAGGCGAUGAAGGAAUACGAGGAAGAAGAGCGGCAGAAAAGGCUGGGCCCCGGCGGGCUCGACCCCGUGGAGGUGUACGAGUCCCUCCCGCCUGAGCUGCAGAAAUGCUUUGACGUAAAAGACGUUCAGAUGUUGCAGGACACGAUCAGCAAAAUGGAUCCCACCGAGGCCAAAUAUCACAUGCAGCGAUGCAUCGACUCGGGGCUCUGGGUCCCCAACGCCAAGACAGGGGAGGGAGCCGAAAAAGGAGGCGGCGAAGCCCUUUAUGAAGAAAUUAAGAAGGAAAACG